GGAGGAGGAGAACCGGGUCCCCACUGAGACCAGCCCCGGACCCCGAGCCGGACUCAAACUUUCACUUCAGUCACAAAGUUAGUUUUUUGUUCAGAGGAGCGGAGUGUCAUCAUCAGUGCGCGUGAGAGAAAGAGAGAGAGAGAGAGAGAGAGAGAGAGAGAGAGAGAGAGAGAUAGAGAGAGAAAGAUGUCUGGGCCGUACUGCAGAAGUUUGUACCCGUUCGGCGGGGAGCAGCACCAGCAGGGACUGAGCUUCGAGGCCGGGGACGUUAUCAAGGUGGUCCAGGCUCUGCCCGGAGGCUGGUGGGAGGGGGAGCGGGAUGGAGCCAGAGGAUGGUUCCCCUCGACGUACGUCCAGGUCCUCGAGAGGACCUCCUCUUUAAGUCAGCUCCCCGUCGAGGACCUCAAAGACCUGCCUGCUCACUGGAGAUGCUACAUGUCUCCACAAGGGCGGCGAUACUACGUCAACACCACGAGCAACGAGACCACAUGGGAGAGGCCGUCCAGUGCACCCGGGACCCCCAGGACCUCCCUCCGACACAAGACCUCCCUGCCCACAGUGAAUGGAUUUCACUCCGGUCCCUUGCAUCAUGUGGAACAUUCACACAGCAGUCUGGUUAGGAAGAGCAGCACAGAGCCACAGAGCCAAGGAUCAACGUCUCCCAGCAGGAAACAGAACAAGGAGACCACGGUCACGAUAAACUGUGUGACGUUCCCAUCCCUUUCAUCCAUGCCGGAGCAGCAGCUGCUGAAACCCAACGAGUGGAGCUACUGUGACUUCUUCUGGAUGGACAGGAAGGAUCCCCAGAGCAACGGCUGCAUCACAGGGUUUGAGGUGCUGCUCCAGAAGCAGCUGAAGGGGAAGCAGAUGCAGAAAGAGAUGGCAGAGUUCAUACGAGAAAGGAUAAAGAUAGAAGAGGAAUACGCCAAGAACCUCUCCAAGCUCUCCCAGAUCCCUCUCGCAAGCCAGGAGGAAGGGACUCUGGGGGAGGCGUGGGCCCAGCUGAAGAGGAGCCUGGCAGAUGAAGCAGAGGUUCACCUAAAGUUCUCCUCAAAGCUCCAGAGUGAAGUGGAGAAACCGUUUCUGGCCUUCAGGGAGAACUUUAAGAAGGACAUGAAGCGGUUCGACCAUCACAUCGCCGACCUACGGAAGCAGCUGGUCGGUCGCUAUGCAUCGGUGGAGAAGGCCCGCAGAGCUCUGGGUGACCGGCAGAAGGAGCUGGAGUUGAAGACUCAGCAACUGGAGAUCAAACUCAGCAACAAGAUUGAAGAAGAUAUCAAGAAGGCCCGCAGGAAAUCCACACAAGCAGGAGACGAUCUGAUGCGCUGCGUCGACCUGUAUAACCAGUCCCAGUCCAAGUGGUUUGAGGAGAUGGUCACCACGAGUCUGGAGCUGGAGCGGCUGGAGAUGGAGCGGGUGGAGAUGAUCAGACAGCAUCUGUGUCAGUACACCACCCUUCGACAUGAGACGGACAUGUUCAACCAAAGUCGUCUCCCUCAUGGGACCACAACAUUGGAGCUGAAGCGUCAACUCUUCUUUCUUUGCCCAGACGAUGGAGCCGGUGGACCAGCUGCUGCAGUGUGUGGACCCGGCCAGAGACAGAGAGCUCUGGGUGAGGGAGAAUAUGACGGGAGAGAUCCGGCCAGUGGACAUAGAGAUCUGACCUCAGUGCUGCUGACGGCUCUGCACACGCACACUUGAACCCUCAGACACCCUGAGGCCACAUGCCUGAGGACUGACUCAGAUGAACCCCCCCACUGAUCCACGUGUGACUCCUGACAGGCUGAUGGCAGAUCAGGCGGCGCUCCCGGCUGAAGAUGGACCCGGUGUUUGGGGAGUGUUGUGAGAAGCACAUGUGAUGAAUGAAGAUGUCAGAUGAUGACGGGUGUUGAUGCCCGGCGGACAUGGGACAGGAAAAUGAACGUUAUGAGUGUGAAUUGUGACGCGAAUGACGAAGAAGCACCUCCAAUGAGCGUUUAACCCCCGUAGAUGUUGAUUGGCUUUGGGUCAUGCAGCCGCGUUUGUUGCAGCUCGUUGUGCGUCUGCUGCGAACUCAUUCUGAGUCACCUGUGUGUCGACACACGUGUGACUUCUGCAAGUCUGCAAACAUGAUUUAACAGAUGCUGCUAAGCAAAAUGCAUUCUGUCCUGAGAGAUAUGACUGUGUACCAGAAUAAGACUAAAGUGUUUUUAUACUAAUAUGCAGGUGUUGACUGUUUGCUAAGCCCCGCCCACCCUCGCCUGUGUGGUCUGGCACAUAGUAAGUAAAACAAAACUUGAUUAUAUCUUUUCAAAACAGGUCUUCAAACUGAGACAAUAUAUUUAGGGCUUAAUGUCAAUUAAGGGCGUGGCUGCUUUAAGGACCCGCCGCCGGUCCACCAAUGACUACCCCCAAAAUAUCUAGGUUUGGUUUGGAUGCUGCUGACAAAUCCACAGUAUUAAUCACUUCAUGAAAGAAAAUGAUGUGCAAGCGAGAGACAACUUGUGAGUUUGGCAGACGUAACUCUGAUAAAUUGGGCUGGAUUCUUUGUAAAUGUCCAUCAGAAUAUGUCAGAUUACUACUGAAGGGUAGUAGAGCCCACAUGACACAUUCCUGGUCCUUUGGGUUUUUGGUUCUUGUAAAAAGACACCACCCUGGAAACAUUUGGAUGCAUAAUAUUAGUGCAUGCCUGGUAGGCUCGCUGUGCCUAGCUACGGCCGCUACGCUCUGAUUGUAAGCGACCUCUUGGUCGGGUGGAGCAAACGUCGUAUCACACGUCUGGAAACAAGUCCGAAAUCUAACAUUCAAGAUUCAAGAUUCAAGAUGUUUUAUUUGUCACAUACACACACAGGGUGUGCAGUGAAAUGAAAGUGGCAAUGCUCAGCAGGAAUGUGCAAGGGCAACAAGUACACACUAUUUACAAAUAAAAAACAACACAAUAUUUACA